UGCGAAGAUGUUCAAUUUGGCUUUCGAAGCCAUGGAGGAGCUAAUCAAAAUGGCUCAAACAGGUGAGCCAUUGUGGAUCACUAGCCUUGAUGGUUCAGGCCCUGCGCUCAAUGAAGAUGAGUACGUUAAGGCUUUUCCUAACCGGAUCGGCUCGGAGCCUAAUGCUUUGAUUAAGCGUGAGGCUUCAAGGGGAAAUACUGUUGUGAUGAUGAAACGCAAUAGCCUUGUUGAGAUUCUAAUGGAUGUGAAUCAGUGGUCAACUGUGUUUGUUAGCAUGGUCAGUAACCCACUGACUUUGGAGAUAAUAUCAAAAGGAGAAGAAGAGGAAAGUUACAAUGGAGCGUUGCAAGUGAUGACAGCAGAAUAUCAGGUUCCUACACCAUUUGUACCAACUCGAGAGAGUUACUUCCUAAGGUACUGUAAAAAACAUGAAGAUGGAACUUGGGCUGUUGUGGAUGUAUCCCUGGAGAGUCCAAUUUCAAGGUGCCAUAGAAGGCCAUCCGGCUGUUUGAUUCAAGAAAUGACCAGUGGCUACUCAAAGGUUACAUGGGUUGAACAUGUUGAAGUGCAAGAAUUAGAUGAAGGUGUUGACGAUCUGUACAAACAGCUUCUCAGCUCUGGCCAUGUAUUCGUGGCCAAACACUGGGUAGCUACGCUAGAUCGACACUCGGAACGCCUUGCAAGUAUCCUCAUGACAACAAACAUUAAUCUUCCUGAUAGUGAUGUCUCUGCGAUGACAAGUGAAGAUGGGAGGAAGGGCAUGCUGAAGCUCGCGGAGCGAAUGAUGGCUAGCUUCUGUACUGGAGUGUGCAGUAUUAGUACUUCUCAAUGUCUCGUUAUUGAUAAUGUAAGGGUCACAGUCCAAAAGAGUACUGUAGAUGAUCCAGGAAAACCUUCUGGGCUUGUUUUAUGCGCCGCAACAUUCUUUCACAUUCCUGUCACACCGAAAAGGGUUUACGAUUUCCUCCGCGACAAGAACUCCCGUAGUGAGUGGGAUAUCUUAUCAAAUGGAGCAAGUGUGGAGGAAAUGGCACGCAUUGCCACCGGCAGGGGUACGGGCAAUGGAGUGUCUCUACUUCGAUUGGAUCAUUCCAAUUCAAGCCAGACAAACAUACUGGUUUUGGAAGAGACAUGCAGUGACCGAACGAGUUCUUUUAUUGUCUAUGCCCCGGUUGAUAUGGCUGAGAUGAAAACAGUGCGCGACGGGGGAGACCCUUACAAGAUGCCCCUUCUGCCUUCUGGGUUUGCUAUCUUCUCCGAUGGGAGUAGUGGAGGAAGUGAUGGAGGUGGAUCCCUCAUCACCAUUGGGUUUCAGAUUUUGGUUAGUUCACUGGUUUCUUCAGGAGAAUGUCAUUUUAAUUCAAUUGCUAAUAUUAACAAUUUGAUUGAGUCAACAAUCGAAAAGAUCUUCGAAGGCUUCCAUGUCAAGCGAGGAUGAAUGAGCUUUGAAUUUCAGUUAUUGGCAAUAUGGACUGAUGAAGAAUAAGAAGAGGGAAGAUAAGAUUGGGAGGAUGCAGUUUCAAUCCUUUUUUGUGGUUUACCUAGCUUUUGUUUUUGUUAUUGGAGCACACCAGUGGGUGUAGACAUGAUUCCCUUUUUGAGAAAUUUAUGAACUUUUGAAGAAAUGGACUGAUUUCUUUAUGUUUGG